CGCGGCUCGCGGGCUAGUUAAUGUUAGCUCGCUCAGCAGAGUGGACACUGUAGACUGGGUGUAAAGUCGCUCACGCAGUGCGAAAGUUUCCGUGGUGUUUAAUGAGAGACGUGGUGUUUAAUAAGACACGUGGUGUUUCGGUAGUUUCUGACUGAGGAACAUGUCUGUGUUGGGGAGUUUGUUGAACACCGGGAUGUCACUGUGGAGAAGCUCCCUGCAGCUCUGCACCACACACCUACACACAGGAACAUGUUUACGUGUACGAAUGCAUGCCAUCCCGCCCCUGAAGCAGGUGGACCGGUGGACGGAAAAGAGGAGCAUGUUCGGUGUCUACGACAACAUCGGCAUUCUGGGUGAUUUUAAAGCCCAUCCCAAACAGCUGAUCAAAGGACCUGUUUGGCUGCGUGGUUUCCGUGGUAACGAGUACCAGAGGCUGACACGUAAGAAGAGGAUGGUGGGAGAUCGCAUGAUGACGGAGGACAAACUGAUACUGGAGAAGAGGCUGCGCUUCCUGUAUCGUCGCUUCAACCGCUACGGCAAACAUAGAUAGACUGUGUGUGUGCGCGUGUGUGCGCGUGUGUUUUCAGUUAAAUUAGGAAUGAAAUAAAAAUAAAUAUUUAUGUUACAUCUGUUUAUUAAAAAAAAAAAAAAAGAUCAAAUGAGGCUCAGUGUGAUAAUGAUUCACUGUAAUACAAUCAUUAGUAGUGACAUUAACUUUUAGAAUAAUAAAUAGUUUUACAUUUAAAAGGACGAUUCAGCCAAAAUAGAAAUGUACACAAUUUUCAAGGCAAAUAAAGCUUUGGGGACGCUUAAAGCUACCAGUUUAGCUGCUUGCCUGAAUCAGAAACUUGGUUUGGGUCAAAAGAAUAUAUAUAUAUAUACAAAUAUAUACAAAAAUAUAUAUAUAUUUUUUAACAGAAAGUGUCAUGAUUUAGACUUUUGGAUUCUACAGUGCUAAACUGGUGGCUGUAAGGUUCCGGUACCUGUUGGUGAAUCAGCUUCAUAGCUCUAUGUCUUGUUUUCUAAACUACAUUUUAGCAUGUACACAGUUUUUCUUCAGACUAGAGGAGGUGGAGUCAGUGCGAGAGGGAGUUUGGGCUUGGGAACGCCGUGAACGGAGUUUCAGACAUCACGCACAGCUCUGACUCAGCCUAUAAUAAAUGGAGACAUAAACAUCCAAAAUCAUUGCUUUUUUUGUAUUUGAGAAACAGUCAAUCAUUCUGGAAAAAUGUUGAACUGUGUUUCGACUCACUCAGCGUUGCUUCUCACCUGAGUAUCUCUCUCUUUCUCCUUUGGAACCCGAUGCCGCUUUUUCUUCACUCCACAUGCUGAUUGGUUGGUGACGGAUGGGCAAGCGCCAUCGUCUUCUCCAGGGGUUCCGUCUAUACUGACCCCGCCCUCGUCCUGUUGAAAUGUGUGACAUGUGGUAUUGUGAGCUCAGCCUUCCUGUAAUCGUCUCCGUAUGCAUCCAAGGUCUUCAUGAGGAAUCUGACGCAUACACUCACAUUAAUAUCUCUGCAUAUAAUACUGUCAUUUAAAUUUUUCCCACACUCUACUCAUUUGUAUUCCUAAAUCAUAGCAGUAUAUCUUAUUAAUAAAUCAUCCCGACAUAG